UGUGGCGAGAUCGCCAGCUCUCUGCCAGCCAGCAGCUCUGGAGAGGCUGAAGGGGUAGGGGGGUACUUCAUUGGUGCGCAGUCCCGGUCGCCUGCUUUUCCGGACUCUUGGCAUCCCUUACUGCAACUGACAAGGUAUUCAUGCCAAGCUGGACCACUCUUCAGAGCUGAUAGUUUGCAGAAGAAGAUUUGGGAAAGCCUUUGGAUUACAUUGAAACUCAGCUAAGAUGGCCAAGUAUGGGGACCUUGAAGCCAGGCCCGAUGAUGGGCAGAAUGAAUUCAGUGAUAUCAUUAAGUCCAGAUCUGAUGAACACAAUGACGUUCAGAAGAAAACCUUUACCAAAUGGAUAAACGCUCGAUUUUCAAAGAGUGGGAAACCACCCAUCAAUGAUAUGUUCUCAGACCUCAAGGAUGGCAGAAAGCUCUUGGAUCUUCUAGAAGGCCUCACAGGAACGUCAUUGCCAAAGGAACGUGGUUCCACAAGGGUGCAUGCCUUAAAUAACGUCAACCGGGUGCUGCAGGUUUUACAUCAGAACAAUGUGGAGUUGGUGAAUAUCGGGGGUACUGACAUUGUGGAUGGAAAUCACAAGCUGACAUUAGGAUUGCUGUGGAGCAUCAUUCUGCACUGGCAGGUGAAAGAUGUCAUGAAAGAUAUCAUGUCAGACCUGCAGCAGACAAACAGUGAGAAGAUCCUGCUGAGCUGGGUGCGACAGACCACCAGGCCCUACAGCCAAGUCAACGUCCUCAACUUCACCACCAGCUGGACCGAUGGGCUCGCCUUCAAUGCUGUGCUCCACCGGCACAAGCCUGAUCUCUUCAGCUGGGACAGAGUGGUCAAAAUGUCCCCAAUUGAGAGACUUGAACAUGCUUUUAGCAAGGCCCAUGCUUACUUGGGGAUUGAAAAGCUGUUAGAUCCUGAAGAUGUUGCCGUGCAGCUCCCUGACAAGAAAUCCAUAAUUAUGUAUUUAACGUCUCUGUUCGAGGUGCUUCCUCAGCAAGUCACGAUAGAUGCCAUCCGAGAGGUGGAGACACUCCCAAGGAAGUACAAGAAAGAAUGUGAUGAGGAAGAAAUUAAUAUACAGAGCGCAGUGCUGGCGGAGGAAGGCCAGAGCCCCCGCGCUGAGACCCCCAGCACUGUCACCGAGGUGGACAUGGAUUUGGAUAGCUACCAGAUAGCUCUAGAGGAAGUGUUGACAUGGCUGCUGUCUGCGGAGGACACGUUCCAGGAACAAGAUGACAUUUCUGAUGAUGUUGAAGAAGUCAAAGAGCAGUUUGCUACCCAUGAAGCUUUCAUGAUGGAGCUGACAGCACACCAGAGCAGUGUGGGGAGUGUCCUGCAGGCUGGGAACCAACUGAUGACGCAAGGCACUCUGUCCGACGAGGAGGAGUUCGAGAUCCAGGAGCAGAUGACCUUGCUGAAUGCGAGGUGGGAGGCCCUCCGGGUGGAGAGCAUGGAGAGGCAGUCCCGGCUGCACGACGUGCUGAUGGGACUGCAGAAGAAGCAGCUGCAGCAGCUCUCGGGCUGGCUGACCCUCACAGAAGAACGCAUUCAGAAGAUGGAAAGCGCCCCACCGGGUGAUGACCUGUGGUCCCUGCAAAAGCUGCUUGAAGAACAUAAAAGUUUGCAAAAUGACCUUGAAGCCGAGCAGGUGAAGGUAAAUUCCUUAACUCACAUGGUGGUAAUUGUUGAUGAAAACAGUGGGGAGAGUGCCACAGCUGUUCUGGAAGAUCAGUUACAGAAACUGGGCGAGCGCUGGACUGCUGUGUGCCGAUGGACAGAAGAACGCUGGAACAGGCUGCAGGAAAUCAGCAUUCUGUGGCAGGAAUUACUGGAAGAACAGUGCUUGUUGGAAGCUUGGCUCACUGAAAAGGAAGAGGCGUUGAAUAAAGUCCAGACCAGCAACUUCAAAGAUCAAAGGGAACUGAGUGUCAGUGUCCGGCGUCUGGCGAUCUUGAAGGAAGACAUGGAAAUGAAGAGGCAAACAUUGGACCAGCUGAGUGAGAUUGGCCAGGAUGUGGGUCAACUACUCAAUAAUCCCAAGGCGUCUCAGAAGAUGAGCAGUGACUCAGAGGAACUAACACAGAGAUGGGAUUCUUUGGUUCAGAGACUAGAAGACUCUUCGAACCAGGUGACUCAGGCUGUAGCAAAGCUUGGCAUGUCCCAGAUUUCUCAGAAGGAUCUUUUGGAGACCGUUCAUGUAAGAGAACAAGGGACAACCAAAAAGUCUAAGCAGGAGCUGCCCCCUCCUCCCCCGCCAAAGAAGAGGCAGAUCCAUGUGGACGCGGAGGCCAAGAAAAAGUUCGAUGCUGUAAGUGCGGAGCUGUUGAACUGGAUUCUGAAAUCCAAGAGCGCCAUUGAGAACACAGAGAUGAAAGAGUUUAAGAAGUUGCAGGAGACUUCGGGAAUGAAAAAGAAAUUGAAGGGAUUAGAAAAAGAGCAGACAGAGAGGAUCCCCCGACUGGAUGAACUGAAGCAAACCGGACAAAUCCUUCUAGAGCAAAUGGGAAAAGAGGGCCUUUCGACUGAAGAAAUCAACGAUGUUCUGGAGAGGGUUUCAUCAGAGUGGAAGGCGGUGUCUCAGCAGCUGGAAGAUCUGGGAAGGAAGGUCCAGCUUCAGGAAGAUAUCAAUGCUUAUUUCAAGCAGCUCGAUGCCCUUGAAAAAACCAUCAGGGCGAAGGAAGAGUGGCUGAGGGACACACCCUUUUCUGAAUCGCCCCAGCAGCCCUUGCCAAGCUUGAAGGAUUCCUGCCAGAGGGAGCUGACAGAUCUCCUUGGCCUUCACCCCAGAAUUGAUACACUGUGUGCCAGCUGCUCAGCCCUGAGGUCUCGGCCCUCUGCCCCAGGUUUUGUCCAGCAGGGUUUCGAUGACCUUCGAAGUCACUACCAGGCCGUGCAGAAGGCUUUAGAGGAGCGCCAACAGCAACUAGAGAAUGAGCUGAAGAGCCAACCCGGACCUGCAUACUUGGAAACAUUGAAGACCCUGAAAGAGGUGCUAAGUGAGUCAGAAAAAAAAGCCCAGACAUCUCUGAAUGCCCUUGAUGAUCUCACGAAGGCGGAGCAGGCCCUGCAGGAGAAAAAGGCUCUUGAUGAAACCCUUGAGAAUCACAAACCUACAUUACAUAAACUUUCAGAAGAAACAAAGAUUUUGGAGAAAAAUGUGCUUCCCGAUGUGGGAAAAACGUAUAAACAAGAAUUUGAUGAUGUCCAGGGGAAAUGGAAUAAAGUAAAGGCCAAGGUUUCCAGAGAUUUACAUUUGCUCGAGGAAAUCAUCCCCAGACUCAGAGAUUUUGAGGCUGACGCAGAAGUCAUUGAGAAGUGGGUGGGUGCUGUAAAAGACUUCCUAAUGAGAGAGCAGGCUGCCCAAGGAGACACCGCUGAUCUGCAGAGGCAGCUUGACCAGUGUGCUACAUUUGCUAAUGAGAUCGAAACAGUUGAAUCAUCUCUGAAAAACAUGAGAGAAACAGAGACUAACCUUCAAAACUGUCCUGUCACUGGAGUCAAGAAGUGGGUACAGACAAGACUGGUGGACUACCAAGCUCAACUGGAGAAAUUCAGCAAAGAGGUUGCUAUUCAAAAAAGUAAGUUGUCUGAUAGUCAGGAAAAAGCCACGAACUUGAAAAAGGACUUGGCCGAGAUGCAGGAGUGGAUGGCUCAGGCUGAAGAGGAGUACCUGGAGAGGGACUUCGAGUACAAAUCUCCGGAAGAACUGGAGAGUGCCGUGGAGGAAAUGAAGAGGGCGAAAGAGGAGGUGCUGCAGAAGGAGGUGAGGGUGAAGAUUCUGAAGGACAGUAUCAAGCUGCUGGCCACCAAGGUGCCCUCUGGUGGCCACGAGUUGACAUCGGAGUUCAAUAUGGUGCUGGAGAGCUACCAACUUCUCUGUAACAGAAUUCGAGGGAAGUGCCACACGUUAGAGGAGGUCUGGUCUUGCUGGGUUGAGCUGCUUCACUAUUUGGAUCUGGAAACCGCUUGGCUGAACACUUUGGAGGAGCGUGUGAGGAGCACAGAGGCCCUGCCCGAGAGGAUGGAUGCUGUUCAUGAAGCUCUGGAGUCUCUGGAAUCUGUUUUGCGCCACCCAGCAGAUAAUCGCACCCAGAUUCGGGAACUUGGGCAGACUCUGAUUGAUGGUGGGAUCCUGGAUGAUAUAAUCAGUGAGAAGCUGGAGGCAUUUAACAGCCGCUAUGAAGAGCUGAGUCGCUUGGCGGAGAGCAAACAGAUUUCUCUGGAGAAGCAACUCCAGGUCCUCCGUGAAACUGACCACAUGCUUCAGGUGCUGAAGGAGAGCCUGGGGGAGCUGGACAAACAGCUCACCACGUACCUGACGGACAGGAUCGAUGCCUUCCAACUGCCACAGGAAGCUCAGAAGAUCCAAGCAGAGAUCUCAGCUCAUGAGCUCACGCUGGAGGAGCUGAGACGGAAUCUCCGCUCCCAGCCUCCGACCUCCCCUGAGGGCAGGACCACGAGAGGAGGAAGUCAGAUGGACAUGCUGCAGAGGAAACUUCGAGAGGUUUCCACAAAGUUCCAGCUUUUCCAGAAGCCUGCGAAUUUCGAGCAGCGGAUGCUUGAUUGCAAGCGUGUGCUGGAUGGAGUGAAAGCCGAGCUUCACGUCCUGGAUGUGAAGGAUGUGGACCCUGAUGUCAUCCAGACCCACCUGGACAAGUGCAUGAAACUAUAUAAAACGUUGAGUGAAGUCAAACUCGAAGUUGAGACUGUCAUCAAAACCGGGAGGCACAUUGUCCAGAAGCAGCAGACGGACAACCCGAAAGGCAUGGACGAGCAGCUGACUUUCCUGAAAGUUCUCUACAAUGACCUGGGUGCACAGGUGACCGAAGGGAAGCAGGACCUGGAAAGAGCCUCUCAGCUGUCCCGGAAGAUGAAGAAGGAAGCCACCGUCCUCUCUGAAUGGCUUUCUGCCACAGAGGCAGAACUGGUGCAGAAGUCCACAUCAGAAGGUGUCAUUGGUGACCUGGACACAGAAAUCUCCUGGGCUAAAAAUAUUCUGAAGGAUCUGGAAAAGAGAAAGGCUGACUUAAACACCAUUACUGAGAGUAGUGCUGCCCUUCAGCACCUGGUCUCGGGCAGCGAGUCAGUUCUAGAAGAGAAUCUCUGUACACUCAAUGCUGGGUGGAGCCGAGUCCGCACCUGGACCGAGGACUGGUGUAACACCUUGCUGAACCAUCAGAAUCAGCUGGAGAUAUUUGAUGGGCAUGUUGCUCACAUCAGUACCUGGCUUUAUCAAGCCGAAGCUCUACUGGAUGAGAUUGAAAAAAAACCAGCGAGUAAACAGGAGGAAAUCGUGAAGCGCUUACUGUCUGAGCUGGAUGAUGUCAACCUCCAGGUUGAGAAUGUUCGCGAACAAGCCAUCAUCUUGAUGAACGCACGUGGAAGUGCCAGCAGGGAACUUGUAGAACCAAAAUUAGCUGAGCUGAACAGAAACUUUGAGAAGGUGUCCCAGCACAUCAACAGUGCCCAGAUGCUGAUUGGCCAGGAUCCUUCAUCCUACCAAUGCUUUGGCCCCGCUGGAACUGUUGAAGGUGCCAGGUCUUUCUCUGACUUGGAAAGAUUAGAAAAUGACAUAGAAAACAUGUUGAAAGUUGUGGAUAAACACUUGGACUCCAGUAAUGAUGAGGAAAAGAUGGAUGAGGAGAGAACCCAGAUUGAGGAUGUUCUCCGAAGAGGGGAACACUUGUUACAUGAACCGAUGGAGGACAGUAAAAAAGAGAAGAUCCGUUUGCAGUUGUUACUUCUGCAUACACGUUACAACAAAAUGAAGGCAAUCCCUAUCCAGCAGAGGAAAACAAUUCCACUGUCUUCUGGAAUUGCAUCAUCGGCCCUCCCUGCGGAUUAUCUGGUUGAAAUUAAUAAAAUUUUACUCACUCUGGAUGACAUUGAAUUAUCACUUAAUAUUCCUGAGCUGAACACCACUGUCUAUGAAGACUUCUCUUUCCAGGAGGACUCUCUAAAGAAUAUCAAAGAUCAGCUGGACAAACUUGGAGAGCAGAUUGCAGUUGUUCAUGAGAAGCAGCCAGAUGUCAUCCUUGAAGCCUCUGGUCCUGAAGCCCUUCAGAUCAGGGACAUGCUUACUCAGCUGAAUGCGAAGUGGGACAGAGUGAAUAGAAUGUACAGUGAUCACAAAGGGUCUUUUGCCAGGGCUAUGGAGGAAUGGCAGCGAUUCCACCAUGACCUCAAUGACCUCACGCAGUGGAUAUCCGAAGCUGAAGACCUGCUGGGAGACACCUGUGCUCCAGAUGGUGGUCUGGACCUGGAGAAAGCUAGGACACACCAGCUGGAACUGGAAGAGGGCAUCAGCAGCCACCAACCCAGCAUGGUAGCUGUAAACCAAACUGGGGAGGGCAUCGUGCAGAGACUUCGCCCCUCGGAUGCCAGCUUCCUGAAGGAUAAGCUGGCAGGUUUAAACCAGCGCUGGAGCACCCUUGUGGCUGAGGUGAAGGAUCGGCAGCCCAGGUUGAAAGGAGAAAGUAAGCAGGUGGUCGGCUACAGGAGACGGCUGGAUGAGUUUGUCUGCUGGCUAACAAAGGUGGAGAGCUCUGUGCAGAAGAGAUCAUCCUUUGACCCCGAGGAAAACCCACAGGAAUUAACAGACUUAGCCCAAGAGAUGGACAUUCAGGCUGAAAACCUCCAAUGGCUGAACAGAGCCGAACUGGAAGCGCUUUCAGAGAAAAAUCUGAGUGUGCGCGAAAGAGACAAACUUGCGGAGAGCUUGAGAAACGCGAACGUGACGUGGAGCAAGAUAUCCAGAGAGGUGCCUGGCAUGCUGAGGACACGCACCCAAGAGCCCUGCUCUGCCUCACAGACGAGGAUUACUGCUCACCCCAGUGUCCAAAAGGUGGUGCUAGUAUCAUCUGCAUCGGAUGCUCCUCUUCGUGCCCCCGAGAUCUCAGUUCCUGCUGAUCUAGAUAAAACCAUCACAGAACUGGCCGACUGGCUGGUAUUGAUCGACCAAAUGCUGAAGUCCAACAUUGUCACUGUGGGAGACGUGGAGGAGAUCAAUAAGACAGUUUCCCGGAUGAAAAUCACAAAGGCUGAUUUAGAACAGCGCCACCCUCAGCUUGAUUUUGUAUUUACAUUGGCACAGAAUUUGAAAAACAAAGCUUCCAGUUCUGAUGUGAGAACAGCAAUCACAGAAAAACUGGAAAAGGUGAAGACCCAGUGGGAGAGCACACAGCACGGGGUGGAGCUGAGGAGGCAGCAGCUGGAGGACAUGGUGGUGGACAGUCUGCGGUGGGACGACCACAGGGAAGAGACCGAAGAGCUCAUGAGAAAAUACGAGGCUCGCUUCUACAUGCUUCAGCAGGCCCGACGUGACCCCCUUAGCAAACAAGUGUCUGAUAAUCAACUGUUGCUUCAAGAAGUGGGUUCUGGCGAUGGUGUCAUCAUGGCAUUUGAAAACGUCCUGCAGAAACUUCUGGAAGAAUACAGUAGCGACGACACCAGGAAUGUGAAAGAAACCACCGAGUACUUGAAAACAUCAUGGAUCAAUCUCAAACAAAGCAUCGCUGACAGACAGAGUGCCUUGGAGGCCGAACUGCGGACAGUGCAGACUUCUCGUAAAGACUUGGAGAACUUGGUCAAGUGGCUUCAGGAAGCAGAAACCACAGUGAAUGUGCUGGCAGAUGCCUCUCAGCGGGAGAAUGCUCUUCAGGACAGCGUCCUGGCCAGGCAGCUCAGACAGCAGAUGCUGGACAUCCAGGCCGAAAUUGAUGCGCACAAUGACAUAUUUAAAAGCAUCGAUGGCAACAGGCAGAAGAUGGUGAAAGCACUGGGGAAUUCUGAGGAGGCGACAAUGCUCCAACAUCGACUGGAUGACAUGAACCAAAGAUGGAAUGAUUUGAAAGCAAAGUCGGCUAGCAUCAGGGCCCAUUUGGAGGCCAGUGCUGAGAAGUGGAACCGGCUGCUGGCAUCUCUUGAAGACCUGAUCAAAUGGCUAAAUAUGAAAGAUGAAGAGCUUAAGAAACAGAUGCCCAUUGGAGGGGACGUUCCCGCCUUACAGCUUCAGUAUGACCACUGCAAGGUGCUGAGGCGUGAACUGAAGGAGAAAGAGUAUUCUGUGCUGAACGCCGUAGACCAAGCUCGAGUUUUUCUGGCUGAUCAGCCCAUAGAGGCCCCCGAAGAACCAAGGAAAAACCUACAGUCAAAAACAGAGUUGACUCCUGAAGAGAGAGCCCAAAAGAUCGCCAAAGCUAUGCGCAAACAGUCUUCUGAAGUCAAGGAGAAGUGGGAGAGUCUAAAUGCCGUGAUGAGCAGCUGGCAGAAGCAAGUGGGGAAGGCGUUAGAGAAACUCCGAGACCUGCAGGGAGCCAUGGAUGACCUGGAUGCAGACAUGAAGGAGGCUGAGGCGGUGCGGAAUGGCUGGAAGCCCGUGGGAGACCUGCUCAUAGACUCGCUGCAGGAUCACAUAGAGAAAACCAUGGCGUUUAGAGAAGAAAUUGCACCAAUCAACUUGAAAGUUAAAACAAUGAAUGAUCUGUCCAGUCAGCUGUCUCCGCUUGACCUGCAUCCAUCUCUAAAGAUGUCUCGCCAGCUGGAUGACCUUAAUAUGCGAUGGAAACUUCUACAGGUUUCUGUGGACGAUCGCCUUAAACAGCUCCAGGAAGCCCACAGAGAUUUUGGGCCAUCUUCUCAACACUUUCUGUCUACUUCGGUCCAGCUGCCCUGGCAAAGGUCCAUUUCGCAUAAUAAAGUGCCCUAUUACAUCAACCAUCAAACACAGACCACUUGUUGGGAUCAUCCUAAAAUGACUGAACUCUUCCAAUCCCUCGCGGAUCUGAAUAAUGUACGUUUCUCUGCCUACCGCACAGCAAUCAAAAUUCGAAGGCUGCAAAAAGCACUCUGUUUGGAUCUGUUAGAGCUGAACACAACAAACGAAGUUUUCAAGCAGCACAAACUGAACCAAAAUGAUCAGCUCCUGAGUGUCCCAGAUGUCAUCAACUGUCUGACCACCACCUAUGAUGGCCUUGAACAAUUGCAUAAGGACCUGGUCAAUGUUCCGCUCUGCGUGGAUAUGUGUCUCAACUGGUUGCUCAAUGUAUAUGACACGGGUCGGACUGGAAAAAUUAGAGUUCAGAGUCUGAAGAUUGGACUGAUGUCUCUCUCCAAAGGCCUCUUAGAAGAAAAAUACAGAUGUCUCUUUAAGGAGGUGGCAGGGCCAACAGAGAUGUGCGACCAGCGGCAGCUUGGCCUGCUACUUCAUGAUGCCAUCCAGAUCCCUCGGCAGCUAGGGGAAGUAGCAGCUUUUGGGGGCAGUAACAUUGAGCCCAGUGUUCGAAGCUGCUUCCAGCAGAAUAACAACAAGCCAGAGAUCAGCGUGAAGGAGUUUAUAGACUGGAUGCGUUUGGAACCACAGUCCAUGGUGUGGUUGCCGGUUCUGCAUCGGGUGGCAGCUGCAGAGACUGCAAAACAUCAGGCCAAAUGCAACAUCUGCAAAGAAUGUCCGAUUGUUGGGUUCAGGUAUAGAAGCCUGAAGCAUUUCAAUUAUGAUGUCUGUCAGAGCUGCUUCUUUUCGGGAAGAACAGCAAAGGGCCACAAAUUACAUUACCCGAUGGUGGAGUACUGCAUCCCGACAACAUCUGGGGAAGACGUGCGAGACUUCACGAAGGUACUGAAGAACAAGUUCAGGUCGAAGAAAUACUUUGCCAAACACCCCCGACUUGGCUACCUGCCUGUCCAGACCGUGCUGGAAGGGGACAACUUAGAGACUCCUAUCACACUCAUCAGUAUGUGGCCAGAGCACUAUGAUCCCUCACACUCCCCUCAGCUGUUUCAUGAUGACACCCACUCAAGAAUCGAGCAAUACGCCACGCGACUGGCCCAGAUGGAAAGGACAAAUGGAUCUUUUCUGACAGACAGCAGCUCUACCACAGGAAGCGUGGAGGACGAGCAUGCCCUCAUCCAGCAGUACUGCCAGACACUGGGUGGGGAGUCUCCCGUGAGCCAGCCACAGAGUCCAGCUCAGAUCUUGAAGUCCGUGGAGAGGGAAGAGCGCGGGGAACUGGAGCGGAUCAUUGCUGACUUGGAGGAAGAACAAAGGAAUCUGCAGGUGGAAUACGAGCAGCUGAAGGAGCAGCACCUGAGAAGGGGGCUCCCUGUGGGCUCACCUCCAGAGUCCAUCGUAUCGCCUCAUCACACCUCCGAGGACUCAGAACUUAUUGCGGAGGCUAAACUCCUUCGGCAGCACAAAGGGCGGCUGGAAGCGAGGAUGCAGAUCUUGGAAGAUCACAAUAAACAGCUGGAGUCUCAGCUGCACCGCCUCAGACAGCUUCUGGAGCAGCCUGACUCUGACUCCCGCAUCAACGGUGUCUCCCCCUGGGCUUCGCCGCAGCAUUCUGCAUUGAGCUACUCCCUGGACCCCGACCCGGGCCCACAGUUCCACCAGGCAGCAUCUGAGGACCUACUGGCCCCGCCUCAUGACACCAGCACAGACCUCACAGAGGUGAUGGAGCAGAUCAACAGCACGUUUCCCUCUUGCAGCCCAAAUGUCCCCAGCAGGCCACAGGCAAUGUGAAGCAUUCAUCUAGCCAACCAACACUUCUCGACCUUCAGUAUUGCCCUCUUCUGCAAAUGCCAAUUCCAAGUCCCAUUCAACCUGAAGCUCCGUGGCUCCAUGACACAUGCUGUUGAGCGUUGACUGUGUGUUCUACUGAGGGAGUGAAACACUGAUUAUCCAAAGAGAAGAGGAUAUUUUGUUUUUAUAAUAACAUAUAUUAUUGUUUUCUUCUCCCCUUUCUAUGCAACUGUAAAUUAAUGAACACAGAAGUAUUUGGGAGGUGGUAAUGCAUUUGUCACUGAUUUGUAUAAUAUAUACAGCCGUGGGAAAGUGGGUGGGGGCUUUCUAAUGAAACUGUCUUUUUAAUAACCAAGAGAAAAAUUGCAUAAGAAUUAGACCACUUGGCAUUAUUACAUUCCUUCUGCUGUUAAUAUUAACCUUGUACAAUAACUUCAUUUCUUAUUUGACUAUUUUACCAUUAUAUUUUUGGUUAUUUAUAAUUCAUCAGCCACACGACCAAAUAGAUUCUGUGUAUUUGUUUCUAUGAUUUGGCCAAAUUAAUAAGUUCAUAUAUUUGAAUCAAAUAUGUUAUGUAUGUGGAGUAAGCAGCAGUUCUGGAAGGAAAAGUCCUCAUCCUAGGGAGCAGAAGUCAGAUGGGCAGUAGGGGUCCCCUUUGAACACAGCCAUAUUUUACUUUAGUUGACAUCACCCACUUAGCCCUCUAGUAACCAUUGGAUGACUCCAUUAAGAAUCCUGUGGACUAAUUGGCAAGGCUGCUGGGGUAUUUUUCCUCCUGCUUUUUAUUCCUUUCUUGUAAGUAGAUCUUGAUGUCUUUAUUUAUUUCAUCUUGCAGUCUUCCUGAUAAAGAAGACUAUCUUGUAAUAGUUUCAAAGAUCAUUUUACCAAAGGUUGCCAUUUAAGCAUAUUUUCAUUUUGACUCAGAAACAAAAGUUGGUACAACCUCGCGUACCUUCCGCCUUGGUUGUCAUCAUAAGAUACACAGUAGACUUUUUUUCCCCUUUCCCCAUUGUGAGACUAGAUCACAUCAUGGUCUUCAGUUCCCUUUAAAUAGAAUUUAGUUGUUGUUUUUGUAUUUUCAAGUCCCUUGUAAGUUUUGAAAGCCCUGGCUGUUUCCUUUAUGGAAGCAGACAGACACUUAGUGCCUGUCUCAUGGGAACCUUUGGGGCAAAUGGACAGAUGUCUCAUGACCCCUCAUGUGACCAGUAGAACAUCUGGGAAGGAUGUCAAUCCCCAGCCUAUACCACUGCUUCUCCAGAAUGAAACCAAUGCUUAGAUGAUUGUACCCCUGCCUCUACUUCUGAGUGCAUUCAACUAGAUACUUGGUUGUUUUUUUCUCUCUCUUUCUUUCUUUAUAAUUUAACAUUUAAUUAAUUACCAACUGUAGAGAAACCAAAAAUAAAAGCAAAGGUAAUAUGUUUUGAUUCAAACAUAUGUGCUUUUAAAACAUCAGGACAUGCUAACUUUGGGUUCUCUUUCGCUGGGAUCUGGCUGGAAGGAGGCUGAAAGUCAGCAGUUGCUAUUCUUUUAGGAUUGGUUGGGUGGGUUGGGGGGCAAGGGUAUCUAUUUGCAGCAUAGAUAUUUUGAGAAGAAGAAAAUUGUUUUAUAUACGAGGAGAGCCAUGAUCACCUUUCUACCUCAGGACCACCUUCCUCCAUCGUGUUGGACAUAGCUUUAUGUGCCGCAGUGUGCAAAGCCUAGUGCUUUAUUCAGGCCAUUUCAUACCCAAGAAAGCACCUAUUUAAACAACGUCAACAGAAAACUCCCUGAACUCAGAAGCCCGGGUUGUAGAUUUGGUGUCUUCCUUGUUCUUACUUUGACAAGACGUGUACUCUUUUUUUUUGUUGUUUUCCUGCCUGUAUUUGUAUGCAAAAUGAACUCUAUCUGCUAUUACAGAAAAAGCUACACAAAACACUACAUUUUAAGCUUCUGAAUAAUAAGAGGAAAUAUAUCGCAGUAACCACAAUGAGAAAUAAGUGUAUUGUUCUUUUGAAAUAUGUGGUAAAGAACUAAUCACAGACUGUCAUCUAAUCUGGUUACAUAUUGUAUUUUUCAUCCUGAAUAAAAGUAAUUUUAACACAAAAUGA